CGAAUCUUGACUGUCUCGAAUGGGUGCGUAGCAGUAACGGCGCCGCACGCGGCAAUGCCGCCGGCGAUGAAGGCUCCAGUCGUGGUCGCCAUGCUGCUGCCCCCUGCCCUUCUUUUUUUCUCCUUCAAGUGUCGUUCUGCGCUAUGCUAUGGUCCCAGCAGUCGCACGCUCAGGUUCUUUUCGCCGGCCAGUCGUCUUGCGAGGAAAGUGAGGAUGCUGCACAAGCUCGGCCCUCUGCGUCUCAGUCUUUGUGCGAGUGCGUGGCCGAGUGCAAGUCUGAAGUGCGCAGUGACAGGAUAUGUCGGCAGCAGCAGCCAGAGGCUUUGGCUUCAGCUGUAGUGCGCGCGAAGGAAUAGUAGCCUACUCUGUAGCAGGAGUCUAAUUGGGCAGGCUUGCUGACGCUGACGUCUCGUCGGUUCCUCGUCGAGUGUGGUCACGGCGAGCGCGGGUGGUGGUGGUGGCAGGUUCGUAUACGGCGGCGGAAGGCUGUCCCGAUGCUGUUUGCAAGAGAACAGGCACACGAGGAGGGGUCCCUUGCAAUGUAGACAAAAGGGACGUGGGAUUACUGAUGCUCAAACUGCGUCGACAACCCAAUGUGUCGGUUUAGAAAUUGGGAAGCAAGAAAGCGACCGAAGACGGACAC